CUUUGGGUUGUGUAAAAUCCUCACAAAUCAUAGAGGGUGUCCCCUUUUAGCUUAGACAUAUACCAUAUGGACAAAGUUGGAAAUUUCAAAAUGAAGGAAGAUCUUGGCUUCCCAUACCUGUUAUUCCUCUAUAUAACCACACCAAUUCCAAGUUCGAAAAAACACCAUUAAUUCUUUAUCCAUGGCUACUCACCUUACCUUGUAUGUUUGUCUCAUUUCUCUAAUAAUCCCUCCAUUCAUUUCCAUUUUGGCACAGUCCGACAAUUACAUAAUCCACAUGGACUUGUCUUCUAUGCCCAAAGCCUUCUCUAGCCCCCAUAGUUGGUACUUAGCCACCAUUGCCUCCAUUUUAGACGACACUAAAGCUCCCACCACCACCGCCGCCACUUCCACCAUCUCUAAGCUCAUCUAUGGUUAUGGUAAUGUUAUCCAUGGUUUUAGUGCAAGUCUUUCUCCCUCCGAAAUUGAAGCCGUUAAAACAUCCCCCGGCUACGUUUCUUCGUAUAGAGACAUGCCGCUCAGAGUCGACACCACUCAUUCCUCCCAAUUUCUUGGCCUUAAUUCGGUCUCGGGUGUGUGGCCCGUGGCGAACUAUGGCAGAGACAUCAUAAUUGGGCUUGUCGACUCAGGGAUUUGGCCUGAGAGCAAGAGCUUCGACGACGAUGGAAUGACCAAAAUUCCAUCAAGAUGGAAAGGAGAGUGUGAAAUUGGCGCCCAAUUUAACUCCUCAAUGUGCAACAAGAAACUCAUCGGAGCUCGAUUCUUUAACAAAGGCCUACUUGCAAAAUUCCCGAACUUGACAAUUUCAGUGAACUCCACCCGCGACACGGACGGCCACGGCACCCACACCUCCUCCACGGCAGCAGGGAAUUAUGUGGAGGGUGUGUCCUAUUUCGGCUAUGCCCCGGGCACUGCUCGAGGCAUAGCUCCGCGGGCCAGAGUGGCCAUGUACAAGGCCUUCUGGGACGAAGGCUCGUACAUGUCAGACUUUCUGGCGGCGAUUGAUCAGGCAAUCGCGGACGGUGUCGAUGUCAUGUCCCUGUCUUUCGGCAUUGAUGGAAUCCCGUUGUACGAAGACCCUAUCGCCAUAGCCACAUUUGCAGCCUUAGAGAAGGGUAUUUUUGUCUCUACAUCUGCCGGAAAUGAGGGACCAUUGCUUAAGUCUCUUCACAAUGGGACACCUUGGGUUCUCACUGUCGCUGCGGGUACCAUUGACCGCAAAUUCAGUGCUAAUCUUACUCUUGACAAUGGCAUCACCGUCACAGGAUCAUCUCUUUAUCCCGGAAAUUCAACUUCUUCGACUCUUAUUUUUAUGAAUACUUGUCACGAUUUCAAAGAACUGAAAAAGAUUGGGAACAAGAUUGUGGUGUGCGAGGACAAGAACGAUUCGCUAGCCAAACAAGUUUACAACGUUAAGAAUGUAAAUGUUACUGGUGGGAUUUUCAUAACGAACAACACCGACUUAGAAUUCUUCAUCCAGAGCACAUUUCCAGCAGUGUUUUUAAAUCUUCAGAAUGGGAAAAUUGUUCUAGACCACGUUAAAACAAGCGGUAACCCGAAAGGAACGAUGGAAUUUCAAGGAACCAGCCUCGGCACUAGGCCAGCGCCGAAAGUGGCUAGCUAUAGCUCGAGAGGGCCGUCCCAGGCGUGCCCUUUUGUGCUCAAGCCGGACCUUAUGGCUCCCGGAUCACUAAUCUUGGCCUCGUGGCCUCAAAAAAUUCCGGUAGUGACUGAUUUGAAUUCGGUCGGGCAGCUUUUUAAUAACUUCAAUAUUUUGUCAGGAACGUCCAUGUCAUGCCCGCAUGCUGCUGGAAUCGCGGCACUUCUGAAGGCGGCGAAACCCGAGUGGAGCCCCGCUGCCAUCAGAUCUGCCAUGAUGACAACAUCAUAUUCGACAGACAAUACUUUCAGCCCUAUCCAAGAUAUUGGGAAUGGUAAACCCGCCACUCCACUUGCCAUCGGAGCUGGCCAUGUCGAUCCAAACAAGGCCUUAGACCCUGGACUCGUAUACGAUUUAAAUACAGAAGAUUACGUGAAUCUUCUCUGUGCAUUACAUUACACCACGAAGCAAAUACAUGCAAUCACAAGGUCAUCUUCUUAUGUUUGUUCAAACCCAUCUCUAGACCUGAAUUACCCAUCUUUCAUAGUUUUUUCUCUCAUAGCAUUCUUCAAUGCAAAUGACUCGCAAUCGGAUUUGAACACUGUAAAAGAGUUUCAAAGGACUUUGACUAAUGUAGGAGAGAGAAUGACAACUUAUGUUUCAAAACUGAGUCCAACGGAGGGAUUGAAAGUUAGGGUUGUGCCUGAGAAAUUGGUUUUUACAGAGAGGUACGAGAAGCAAAGCUAUAAGUUGGAGAUAGAAGGUCCAAGAUUGAUGAAAGAGAUGGUGGUAUAUGGUUCACUGAGUUGGGUGGAGGUUGGAGGAGGGAAACAUGUAGUCAGAAGUCCCAUAGUGGCAACAAGCAUAAGUUCAGAACCACUUUGAGGGCAGAGGCAACUCAUAACUUGUCUGCAUCAUCAACACACUUGAUCAUUUCCUUUCUUGAAUAAAGUUUUUCUCUGUUUUUUUUUUUUUUUUGGUCACAUGGUAAUUUUAUUUGGUGAAGAAGAUUUCAGACAAAUGCAUGGAUGCAGAGUGAUAUCUGAUUAUCUUGAUGGGAAGUGGCUUGACAAGUCACUUUCAUAUUGUUAAAUGUGGGUAAUUUUUCAUAUUUGUUAAGUAAUUGAUAAAUAAAUGAUAAUUUCUUAAUAUA